UUACAUGCACGCCGCCGAUUCCUCUCGAUCUCUAGCUAAAGCUCUGGCGCUGUUUUGGUGCGAAAUGGAGUGAAAAUCCAAGUCGAUAUCAUUUUAGUAAUAAACCACUGUUUGUUUUUGGUAUAUCGUAGAUAGACAGGAAGGGAAACAGAUUCUAACGUUACAACGAUACCAAAUGUUAUUUCCAAGUCACCUGCGAAAAGGAGGAAACCUGUUUGCAAAUGAGCAGUCCGGAUUCAAGAAAGAGAUGACAUUUGCAUUGAGUGCCAACAGCGGUAGUUUGGUUAGUUCAGUCCCACUCAUAGCCUCUUCUGUGCUGUUGGAGUAGUUGUAUGGCGCGAAAUGUAAAAGAAAUCACUACUAAACGGAACAGCAAACUUGAGAGCUUUCUCAAGAUAAACCUGCCAGAAAGUGCUUAUGAACGGAUCAUAGCAUAUGAACCAUGUAUUGUUGAUCAUCGGAAGGAGAAAAAAGCAUUUAAAUAUGUAGUCCUCAGUGCAGAACGGAUCUAUCUGACCGAGAAUCCUCCAAAGACAAUUCGGGAAGAGGAUGGUGUGCAACUGGGAGAAUUGAUAUCUGUUGAACUGGUCAACGAGUUCCCAGAGUUCUUGAAUGGGGAAGAAAGGGACAACUGCCAGCACAUUUUCAUUAAAUACCAUGCCAAAAAGUCAAGUAAACACCGCAAGAAGGGAGGCGGUGACAAGCAUGGCAAUGGACUGGACGAGGGGAGUAGCAGCGGGGGCAGCAGUCCCUUACCUGAACUCAUUCUAACAGAGCCCAAUGGCUCCACCCUGGACCCCUCCCAACACCCCUCCCGCUCCAGCAGCAUGCGUAGCCUCAAGCUCAACCGCAGCCUGGAUGAGAGUGACCUCAAAUCACUCCGGGACAUGUCCAUUGACUCUGACUCUGACAGUGAGGACAGACUGUCUUGGUCCAUGCCAUCAGGAGACCUUGAGAACAUGUCCAUCCACAGCCUGGAGUCACUCUCACUGGGAAGUGGUGAAAUGCUGACGGGAGACAAAGGCAAAGGGAAAAUCACCGGUGUCGAAACCUGUCGCCCCCUACCCCACCGACCGCCCAUCAACAGGGGACAGCGGCAGCGUAGCAUUGACAAACCUGAGAGCUUCUCUUCCCAGAUUGCCUCGUCGCUUGAGAAUCGGGAAGCGAACGCACCAACCUCUCCACCAGGUUCCUCCACAUCAUCAAAGUCACAGCUUCGGAACCUACCCUCUCCAGAACCAUCAGACACAGACAAAUCCAAAUCAAAGCCUUUCCAAUUUCCUUCUUCUGAGAAAGAGGGUACCAAGAAAGGGCUGUAUUCUCACAUACCUCUCUUAAGACACAAAAGUUUGGAUGAAGGUGUUUCCAGUAGUUAUAGCAAGAUUGACAAUAAGGAGAACAGGUCGGCUGAAGACUUCCUUAAAGAACAUGGUAAACAGAAUGAAGAGGAAAUGCAUUUGUACAUCAUCUCAUUGUCAUCACCAAUGCUUAUGCAUCUCAGGAGCUCAUGGAACAACCAUAUCAUUAAAACUACGUUGUUGACGGAUCAAGAGAUCACUGAAAGAUUAAAACCUGGGACUGGAUCAAGCAAGGGCCCUUCAAGAGCUCAACUGGAGAGGAAGUUUGCCCAACUGAAACAAGAGAUUCUCAACUCAGGGUUUUCUAUGGAGAAACUCUUCAGUUUGGUGCAAGAGUUGUUGACCGCCGCUGAGAAAUACUUUGUUCUCAAGAAACUCUUCUGGAAGCAACCGGACCUGUUCAACUUUUUCCUCGCGCAGCUUCAGCGCUACCUUCCUAAGUCAACAGUCAAUGUCCACACAGAGAAGGGCAAGCAACACAGGGCUGAUGAACUAGAACUGGUGAUUCUCCUUAAUGAAACACUUGGUUUGAUGUUCCAUGAGACAGAGGUUCUGCCUGGAAGAUUGGACUUCAUCAAAGCAAACAGUGGUAAGGCUGCGCUGGAUCUGCUGGUGGUACUGACGUGUCUGCCAGAGAUUCCCCAGCGCUGGCGACCCCCUAGGACCAAGGCUCAAUCCCUUGGCUUGGUGACUGACACAGACAGUUGGAAGACCUAUGCUGAUUCUGAGGUUGCUAAACUAGUCCAGGAACUGACAAAUGCAUCUACAGUUGUUCUGUUUGAGCUGAUCCUUAUAGCACAUCAGUCAAACUGGGGAAAUGGAGAGGGCAAGUUCUUCAACAUCUGCUGGCUUGUGAGAGUGUUAGAGACCAUGCAAUCAACUCUGCUGGACUUUGUAACGCGAGUUCUGGCACAGGCCAUGAAGCUCCUGAUGCCAUCCCGUCAUGAGAUGCUGACUCCCAGUGAUGCAGUCCUCCUCUUCCAGCAGUUCUUUGUCAUCCAGACUCUGCUGGAGUACAGCCCCCAGGUUUCCGUCUAUGUCAGGAACAACUACAAUGAAGAAUUCAGGUACUACGUGCAAUCACCACACAUUGUCAAGAAGCUGCCAAAGCUCUACCCCAUCACACCCCAGACGCUGAGGAUCAUCGAUGAAGUCCUUAGCCAUGUCCUACAGAAGCCUGCCUCUCUACUUACCAAAAAACCGAAGAAGAAAUAGAGAUUGUAGAUGAAGUCAUCAUCCACCUUCUACAGAGGCCUGCAUCACUAUGUAUUUAAAUGCCAAAUAAGAAAUAGAGAUCAGGAGACUGAUGGAUAGACACACAGACAAGAUUGAAGAUCAUUGAUUAAGUCAUCAGCCACGUCCUACAAAAGCCUGCCUCGUUUGAACCAAGAAACCAAAAAAGAAAUAGAUUAAGAGACAGACAGAUGGACAGACAGACGCUGAGGAUUCAUCAAUGAAGUCCUUAGGCAUGUUAUACCAAAGCCUGCAUUGCUACUCACCCAAAAAACCCAAGAAGAAAUAGAGAUUGAGAGAAGGGUGGAUGGACAGACAAAACCUGAGCCAUGUGAGCCAUGUGAGAAGUGCGCAUCACUAUACCCAGAAACCUAGAAAAUAUAGAGACACAAACAGUUAAUGGGAAUUUCCUUCUAAAGCUUUCCCACCAUUUGACAAAGAAGAAAAAGAUAAUGAGAGAAAGGGACAUACGUAUACUUACAGACAGAUGGAUGGAUAAAUAGGCACUGAGAAUCAUCGAUGAUGCACUCAUCCUCAUCCUUAAAUGAUACAAAGUGAUAUCAGGAUCCCUGUUUGAGGAUCUUCUGUGGGAAAGUUCCGCAUCUGAGUAGCAUAUCUGGCAUAUAAGUUCCACCCUCUCCCUCGCUCUUUCUUUUUCUUGCUCAAUCAAAUCCAGGCAUAGCAAUGACUUGAUGAAGUACAGUCAAACCUGUCUAUAGUGACUGCUCAAGGGAAACACAAAAAGUGGCCUUUGUAGACAGGUGGUCUUUGUAGACAGGUGGUCACUAAAGCAGGUUUGACUGUAGUUACUUUGAAGGUUGGUGUGCAGGAGUUCCAUGGCUGCUAGAUAGAAUUAUUUGUUUAUGUAUUUGCUGCUAAGCCAUGGGCUGUUUAAAAAUAUAUGUAACCCAAUGAUAACAAAUCCUCACAUAACUUAUGCUGGGUUAAAUGGAAAAUACAUGUUUUACCAUAAAUGUACUCAAAGGGUUAAUGGAGUAAUGCUGCAUUAUUCUGAAUGAGAGCAUCAUGUGCAUGAAACUGAAUUCUUUUCAAACACAUUCCAUGGUUAUUGCAGGUUUUCUUGUCAAAUACCUGAACAUAUCUGAAACAUACUGUUCUAAUUUUCAAACAAACUAUUUUUUAAUUAAAAGCACAAAUCUAUUUGAGUUGUUUAGCUUCGCCGUGUAAGCAGCGCCGGUGUAGUACCACCACGUGCAAUGGUAAUUCGGGCAUUACAUAAAAAUACAAGACAAGUUGGACUACUUGUAAAGUUUGUAGGCAUUUAGCACUUAUCCAGAAUGUGUAAAGUCAAAAUAAUAUUUAUGGAAUUUAAAAAGAGUUGUAAAGAUUCAUUCAGGGAAGUAGAGUUACCAGUUGUAUUGCUCAAAAAUAGGAAAUAAUACAAAAAUCAUAUCCACAAUUGAAUUAUUAAAAAUGACGUAACUAUGAAGAGGUUCAUUCAUGAAAUUUCAUGUUAGUGAGUCUUUACAACUGCAUGCUUAUAUUGAUUCAUUUUACUGUUAAAAUUUUGGGAUACUUAUUGUUUUUGUUGAUACCGUCUUUCUCAUACUCCCUCAGUAUAAAGUGCCUUAACAGAGGCCAAGAUAAAUGGAUUUACCAUGUGGGAAACACAUUCUGAAUGAAAGUGAAAUAUUAAAGAGUGGUUGCUUCUAGUCAAAAUGAUAUUGUAUGGAGGACAUACAAGAUGAAAUUCACGGAUGCUCAAGAAUCACUAUAAAUGUUUAGGUUUCUGUUCUGUUAAAUAAACUGCUACUUGUUAUGCUAUUACAUCUUGUAGCAAGAAGAAAUGUUUUGCUUGAGAAAUAAUCAUAUUAAUUGCCUUCCGUUCAGUUGCCUUGUUUAGUUCAAAUUAAGUCUAAUAAAGAUUAUUUUAAGAUUUUGAGAUAUGAAAUUCACCUUGUUUACUAUAUAUCAGUAGAUUUUUAAAAUGAAUUUCUACUCCUUGAUAGUUUUAGUCAUAGGACUUUAGGACAAUUGUCACCAUAGAUUCUGUAGAUGAGUAUGCUGUGUGAACAUUGUUUAUCAGAAUGAAUAUGUAAAUAUAUAUAAGGAAUCGUAAUGAUUUUAACUGCAAAUAUGCAAUCACUUCUGUUGAUCUCUUUAGAAUGAUAUGUGCCUAAACGAUUUCGAUGAGGAGAGAAUAUGUUUUCCAAUGAACCUUUUAUUCAUGAUGUCACCUUGAUUUUCUUUACGCUUGACUUGUGUGAAUAUUUAUAUCAAAUUGUGGUGUUUUUUGUGUGAUUUAUCCGUCUUCUAUGUACUUUUGUUUUAGGAUUAGAAAGAGUAUUGUAAUUUUGUACGAAUAUUCUAAAAUCUUCUUGAACCAUUGUCUUUCUCUGUAAUUCUAAUCCGUGCCAUUUGUUAUGUUUGAAAUCAAUUCAAGAAGGCUGAGAUAUUCUAUUACAAAGGAUUUAUUUCUUCUUACUAAAACUAUAAUGUUAUGUAUGCUGUGAAAUGAUAUAUUUAUAAUGUUACUUGAAUUCAUUCACCUUAAACAGAAUGUGUACCAGUAAGUUAAUAAUCAGAUAAUAUAUUUCAUCUAAAUACUAAAAUAUCAGAAAUAUAUGCAUGAUUUUUCUAGUGCUUUGAACAGAAUGAAUAUAAUUUACAGCAACACUCUUCCCACUGAAAAAAGAGUUUUCAAAUGUCAGCAUACACUGAUUAUAAAAUAUGUCUUGUGUUUAUAGUAAAUUACACCUAGCCUUUAAAGUUCAGUAGCUUUUUGAAAUGAUACUUUUGUAUCAUUUAAAAUGCAAUGUUAAGAAUGUUUAGUGUUAAUACAGUAAAUUAAAACUAGGAUUGCAAGUUCAAAAGCUUUUAAAAAUGAUUAUGUCGUAUUGAACUUUCAAAUGCCAGUGUACAUUGAUUAUAGAAUAUGAUUAGUUUUUAAAGUAAAUUAAACCUAGGCUUUAAAGUUCAGUAGCUCUUUGAAAUGAUACUUUUAUAUUAUUUAAAAUAUUGCAUACAAAUGGAAUAUAAAGUGUCUCUUGUGUUUAUACUGUAAAUUAAAACUAGGCUUUAAAGUUUGGUAGCUUUUAAAAAUGUGUUAUGUUGUAUCGUUUUAAAUGUAGAGAUAACCUACCGGGAGUUAACUUGAAUUAAUAAUAGAUAGUGUCAGCCUCAGGAGAUGUUAUAUCCAUUAAAGGCUGUUGAUAAUAGUAAUCUAGUGGAAGAAAGGCUUUCGAGCUUCGGCUAUAUGUAUAAAAGAGUAUAUGUUUUGUUUACAUUUUGAGCACAACGUAAUGUAAGAAUUAUUUUCAGGGAUACACAUAUGAACAAUGCUGGAACACAAUACAAAGUUCUGCUAAACCAACCUUAUACACUUGGCUUGAAGAUGACAUUAUUUUUUAGAAAUUUUAGGUUUUGGAUUUAUCUCUAGAAUAGGAAAUUAUGUUAUUUUUUUCCUGUAUAUUAUCGAGUAUUUUAAAAAAACCUUGAGCUUAUUCAAAAGAAUUAAUAACCCAAUGAUAGGCUAGGGAGAUGACUUUUUGGUGAGGGCUGUAGUAAUUUUGAUUCUAUUGCCUCUGUUUGUGUACUGUAUUUGAACUGGUAGUUCCAUCAAAUUGUUUUCCUUUUUACCAAAGUAAUUAUACUUGAAUUACUUCCAUGGGCAGGACCAAAAAAUGGCAUUUAGUGCUUUGCUUUUGGUCUGGAUCAUUAGGAAAGCGUUCUAUGAAACAUUCCAAUCAUUAAUGUUUGAAAGUUUUGAUGCCUAUGUCUAGACAACUUACCGUACCUCAUGCAGGUGCUGGCAGACUAAAGUUAGCUGCCAGUUUUCUGUUGGCCAAAACAGCAUUCUUUGAUGAUUUGAAAACUGCCAGCUAACUUCAGUCUGCCAGCACAUGUCUAACCAAUGUUUCUUGAUGUAAAUAAAUUUGGCAUAGAACUCUUUUCUAAUUAGGUUAUAUACUGCAUUAAAUGGAUGUAGUCUUAUUUACAUCAUCAUCUUUUAACAUACCAUCAUCUGCUAUUUGUAUUAAGGAUUCAGAUGGAUGUCAGCUAAUAUUUUUUACACAGAGUUAAUGCUCUUCCGAUUCUCAACAGAAAUCGUUCUUUCUAUUUUUCUCCUCAACCAUUAAAUGUGUGUUUUGUAUGAUUUUAAGAAUUGCUUGCGAUCUGCAUUACCUUGCAGAGGUUGUAAUUCUUGAGUAUCACCAGUGUAAAAUCAAUCACCUUGAAGAAAUAGUUUGCUUUGAAUGCUGUGUUUAUUUUUUUUCUUUCCAAAUGAAUAUCCGUCUUCACAUACAUGUUGUAAAACAUUAAUUUGUUUGUUUAUAUACCUAAUAGCUACUGGUAGAUAUGAGCAUAUUAUUUGCAAACUUUGUGUGUUUGGAACUUUGGAAGUGGCUAUUAUCUGUUUUAUCAUAAAAACAUGGAUCAAAAACAUUUCUACACUUUGUAGUUGAUUUAAAUUUGUAUGGAAAAGUAACGUACCUCGGUUUCUUAAAAGGCUACAUAUUCACCAUUUCUUUUCCAUACAUAUAUUAAAAUCCAUACCAUUUUUUUGUCAGAUGCUAUGAGAAUGUUGUACCGGAAUAUUAGCUACAUGUAUGUUUUUGGGGUCAAAUAGAGGGAGGAGAGUGUAGGAUAGCUAUUUUUUGAAUGUCUCUAGCAUAAUACUAUAUAGGUACAUAUGAAGAGACAUACUACCUCUUGCUCAAUUACUUGUAAAAGGAUGAGAAUAUUUCAGCCGAUUUUAACUCUUACUUUGUGUAGUUGUCAACAUACUACAGGUAUAUAGAGUGUAUGUAGUUACUUACAAGUUGCUUAGUGAGGUGUUUUAAAUUCAUACUUUAUGAAGAUAGUUUAUAGUGUGCAUUUAUUUUAUCAGAGAGUGUGGUAUAGAAAUGCUGUAUAUGUAUUUGUAACUAGAGUAAAAUUAUAGUUUAUAUGUUUAUUUCUUUAAAAGAAAUGUUUGAAUGAGCUUCUUUUGAAAUCACCUUGAAUCAAAAAUUGGAAUCUCUAUAUGAUUUCUUCACUGAUAUUCUUCUUUAGCUAAAUAAAAUAGAUCUUUGAAUAUA